AUGGACCCCACGGCUCUCACCUAUCGCUCUGAGGAACCUUCUGUAGUCCCGUCACCUCUACCCCAAUCUGUCGGUUAUGGCGUUGUGCUAGCAGCUGGCUUGGCAUUCGCCUUCGGCAUGAUGAGCUUGACUGCGAUCCUGAAAAAGACGCUGAACGAAGACAACUCCAAAGUGGAAACUUUCAUGGUUGCCAAUAGAACAGUACAAACAGGCUUAGUCGCGUCUGCUGUCGUUUCAUCAUGGCUUUGGGGCACCGCCCUGUUGAGCUGCGUCCUCGUAACAUACAGCUACGGCAUUAGCAGUGCAUUCUGGUAUGGCGCUGGCUGCUCAACGGCCAUUGUCUUCUUUGGCUACCUUGGAACAGUCUGCAAGGGACGGGUCCCUGAAGCCCACACCAUUCUGGAGGUCAUUCGUAUCAGAUAUGGAACUGUCGCGCAUUUGAGCUUCACAUUCUUAGCCAUCGUGAACAAUCUACUCAAUACCAUAAACAUGAUCCUGGGCGCAUCGGCGGCUAUCUCUUUCCUAACCGGGAUGCAUAUUAUGGCAUCGACCUUCUUGCUUCCUCUUGGUGUCGUCCUCUACACGCUCAUGGACACUGGGUAUUUCCUCAAAGCAUUCGCCGCUUCGCCGAGUGCUGUCGUCCCAGGGUAUAUUUUGGGCGGUAUUUCUUACUUGAGCAUCCCGUGGUCGCUCGGUACUGUCGUGGUUACGGCUUCACUCGGGCUCGAAGCGCUUCCCAUCUUUCCGACCUAUCCAAGACUUAUGACAGGUGCGGAGGUCACAAAUGGUCUCGCCUUGCCUUACAUGGCUGUUGCAGUCGCAGGUAAGGGCGGUGCCGUUGCCGUUCUGCUGAUGACUUUCAUGGCCGUCACCUCAACUUUGUCAGCACAAAUUCUUGCCGUCUCUUCCAUUCUCACCUUUGACAUAUACCGCGUCUACUUCAAUCAAGAAGCUUCCAACAAACAAGUCAUCCGAUGGGGACACAUUGGAGUCGUCUUCUUUGGUGUCAUAGCAGCUGCCUUUACAGCCAUGUUCCAUUACAUCGGAGUUCUACAUGCUCGGCAAGACCUCCCGUCCCGUAAACUCAAUUGCAAUUGUUUACUAGCCGUUUAUCAGGAAUUCUAA